GGUGCAGGAGGAUUGUUGUACAAACGUGCGUGUUUCUGCGACGCAGAAACGUCGGGCCCUCCAAAUCAACUUUACAAAGGGUUCACGUUUCCGCCAGGCUCCCAAGGUGGAUGUUCUGCGAGCCAGGAACAGUCGAGUUCAUUCUUGAAAUCUGCCAUUUUUGGAAGCUGACUAAGGCGUGGGAACCCCUUUGUCGAGUCACGACAUUCGUUAAAGCCUCCAGCGAUAUUCAAGCCUACAAUGAUACCUCGAAUAUCUUGUUGAAACCCAUCUCCUUCCUAGUCCUUAUACAUUAACUCAUAACACAUUCCCAAAUCCUUAUUCCGAAGACCGACAUGUUGUUUGAAGAGUACGAGUCCGAGAGCCCUCGUGUCCCAAGUCCUUGGGAUCCAUUCUUGCCCUCUCCUCCUUCCGAGUCGUCCUCUUUUCAGGCGAACGGAAAGGCUGGCAUUCCGAAACUUGUUCCCGAGGUCGAAGAGGGGAAUGUGGAAUACAAGCUCAAGCUUACACAGAUUUCACCAGCCCGCUUUGCUCGGUUGGUUACCCAACUCAAGUGGCGUCUCCUCGAAGGCGGGGGUCAAGCAUACUACGAACUUGGUGUUGCCGAUACCGGUGCUUUGAUCGGCUUGACACGAGCUGACCUUGAAGAGUCUCUGGAGACCCUCGAGAUGAUGGCAGGCGAGAUAGGUGCUUCAGUCAUCGUCGUCAAAGAGAUCGAGGUACCGCCCAUUAUGGUUGCACUUGCAGACAAGAUCAGUGGGUAUCUUGAUCCGGAGACAGGAGAGUGGGCGGACAAGAUGAGCAGCAAGCGUCCAAGAGCUGCUCUUUCUGACAGCGGGACGUCUACCACUCCUGCUAUGACAGAAGCUGAGACUGAGACAUCCACUGCGGAGUCAACGGACGCUGAGGACGGUUGUCAGUUGAAUACACCUGCAUUGGCGUCGCAUCUAUCGCUCCACCAAGCCGUUCCCUCCAUCUUUACCCAUCGUAUAGCUUUAAAUCCCGAGAGACCCACAGCUCAGUCUUCGCCAUCCCUCUUGUCCUUAGACGACGACCUCGCGCUAUUCAGCAUGGAGCCCGAACCCGCUCUCAGCGAUACGGAGAGCAAGAGUACCCCCGACCCGGUCAUUCCCGACGUUGACCUGGAUGUAUACUUGGACGUCUCGGUUGCCCUGGAGAUCGCCUCAGUGUUCAAGCCUCGGCCCCUCCGUAAACACGCACACAGCGUCCACGCCGUGCAUGCCGUCCAUGGAUCAUCUACCGUAGGCCAUUUCGGUAAACGGGUACACAAGCCCAAGCAGAGGAAAAUCCAUCCUUGGCAUGCAGCUUCUCACUUCAUUCAUCCAACUGCUCCGGUGGAUGAGGAGGAGACGAAGGAGGCUCGGGCGCGUAACCGUAGGACCGCAAGGGAUAAGCGGAGGGAGGAGAGACGGAAAGCUUUACUUGUUGCCGCCGAACUUACGGUGGCUGGUUCGCCAAUUAUCCCUGUGGACGUCUCUAUGGAGGAUGCCGAGUCACAAGCGGACGGUUUGGUUACAGGACUGGAAGCUCUUCAUGUUACCAUGGAGGACCCUCCAUCCAAUUUGACUGCAGAUGAGACCGUCAAUGCUGUGUCCGAACUGGUAUCGCAUGUGGACGAAGACCUCGAGGAGAAAGCAGCUGAGGUGAAGACGGCGACAGGUGCCGGUAACUUAGAACCACGAUUGAUCGUGGAGGCGUUAGUGGUUCGGAAGCUGUCUAUCGAGGACGAUUUCCUCGAUUUUGGGAACCUCGGAGGCUUUGCUCUUUCCUGACGAAACGUCAUGUCUUAUUAGGUGAUCAUCCUCACCUGUCAAUGCAAGACCAAUCAAUCUCUACCAUCAUUCAUUACAGACAGUACCAUACAUCGACAGUGCGUUUCUAUGCCCUGCCAGCUAGAUAUUCUUAUUCCUUCAUUGUUUUGUACCAUCAGCAUGUAUUGUAUCAUCUUGUACUUCUCUUCUCAAAAAUCUACUUGCUUGGCUUAAGAAUGUCUCAACUCAGCAAGGCCUUCUCUCAUGGCAUUGCACCAAUGUCGUCCUCUUCGCGAGUCGGUUGCAGUCGGACGAAGCAUUCUUGGACUGCGGGUAGCUUCAUAAAUAGCUUUCAUGCAUCGUGACCUGCUCGUACGUCCUUGAAUUCAUCGGCCGGAGGGUAUAUCCUUGGUAAUGACCCAUGACGUUCCUAUCAGGCCUGGUCUGUCUUGCCUCACGACGUUUACCUUUGCUGACGUCGAUGUCCUUGCUGAACAGCUGGCUUCGAUGUAUACCCUGCAGUUUUGGUCGAUUUUCACGCUCCUGGGAUAUGGCCUAGAAGUUCACUAGACAACAUGGAGCAGGUAGGCUGUUCACAUUGACCGCAUGCCACUGAACUUUGAAGUUAGCUUCGCCGGGAAGUCAGAUUGAUGUUUCGGUGCCUUACAGUCAUAUUUGAUGACAAGAUGCUUGCCCGCCUCAACUCUUCCACAAGUCACUGCUGCUUGCGACUUCACAAGACUGCAAGCGUCAUCGUGAACAUGGAAACGUUCAAUUCGAUCUACUACGAUCAUCGUGAUCAGUUUGCGAUCGUCCACAUAAGGCAAGUUCGUAAGUUGUGCAAUGUUCGCGGCCACCCUUCGAGGGAGCAAGUGCGAGGCACAGAAGGCAAGAACAUUUAAUUUGUCACGUACACGGUAGUCGGAACUUGGACACGGUCCUUAUCUCUCCCCAAUGGCCAUCUCAAAGGUCUUCACGAAGAACAUGGGCAUGUCGGAUUAUAUCGGCUAUUGCCGCCGGUCCGCAAGGCAGCCUUCCGUCUCUUAACAAAGCAACAAUUUCAGUACUGAACUCUCUAAGUGAAAGCUCUAGCACCUCUGCGUGAGAGUUGACAAUCAACAUGCGUGAUUUACA